GAAUCACAUGAUGAUCCUGGUGUGUUGGAGUCAAGAAGUUCAAUAGUCCUGCUCCUACCCCAUUACGCCUUACCUCAAUCCUUUUAAAUCCGCAUUCCUCGCCUCUGAUUACCCAGAGAGGGAAGAAGAUUUGGGAGGAACGAAAGUUCAAGGAAACCUCCUCCUUCCAACGGCGAAGGAGAACAGGUUCCUUUCAUCAUUCACGUACCUGUUUUCCUUUCUUCCUGGUGGGUUCUCUUUCUUCCACAUCUUCGGUCUCUCUCCUUCGUUUUAGGCCAAGAUCUUCUCUGUUCUUGAUCGAUUUCAACUGAGUCUUGGUCAUUUGGUCUUGGAUCUCAAGGGAUUUUGAUUUGGAUCUCUGUUGUGGAUUUUGAAUUGGAAUCCUGCAUGAGUUGAUUGGUUUCAAAUGGGUGUUGAUGAUUUGGUUGUAGAUUCAUGAGGGCAUUGUUAUAGUUGAAGGGGUUUUGAUUGUUCGAUCUAUUAACCGAUAUUUCUAAUCGUGUUAAUGCGGGUUUGAUUAUUUGGUGAUUACUGCUGGUUUUCAAUUGAAAUCUUUUAUUAUCCAUCGACAAUCAUAAUGGGUGCUGGUCCCUUUGGUUAUGAAUCCAUGAAGAUAAUUUUAUAAUUAGGGGGGUGUUCCGAUUAUUCUAUUCCUAACGUCGAUUUUGAUGUAUAUGGUUGUUAUUGGAGGAAAGGAUCGGCUUGUGAACACACCCUACCUGUUUCUGGGUGUUCUCAGGCUACUGUGUCUUCCCUUUGAAGAAAAGGUGUUCUCUUUUGUAUCCCUAGAGAUAGAUGGGAUAGGGAGUUCUUUGAGCUGCAGGCUGGCUAAUUGAUUAAAAUUUGAAGCCAUAGAGGUCGAGGGAGUCGAAUUGAAUUAGUUUGAGUGGGAGUAAUUUGAGAUGGGUUCUUCACAAGGGUCUACCCUGUCCACAAAUGUGGCAGGGUUUGUCGAUGGGUCAACAGCUCGUACAGAGGUAUCAUACAUUGAUACCAUGCCUGUUUAUGUUAAGGAGCUUAUUGCCGGAGGUGCUGCCGGAGCAUUUGCCAAGACUGCCGUUGCCCCAUUGGAAAGGACUAAAAUACUCUUGCAGACAAGAACAGAAGGAUUCCAUUCUCUUGGUGUGUAUCAAUCUCUGAAGAAGAUACUAAAGCAUGAAGGUGUUCUAGGAUUUUAUAAAGGAAAUGGUGCUAGUGUUCUUCGUAUUGUACCCUAUGCAGCCUUACAUUUUAUGACAUAUGAGCAGUACAGGAGCUGGAUCUUGAACAACUGCCCUGCCCUAGGAACAGGGCCGGUGGUGGAUCUUUUAGCUGGUUCUGUCGCCGGAGGGACAGCAGUUUUGUGCACGUACCCAUUAGAUCUGGCUCGAACUAAGCUUGCAUAUCAGGUUGUUGACCUGAGAGGAAGUUUCAGAAGUGACAUGAGAAGUUUGCAUGCUCAGCCUGCUUAUAAUGGCAUAAAAGAUGUUUUUAAAAGUGUCUACAAGGAAGGGGGAGUACGGGCACUGUAUCGAGGUGUAGGUCCGACGCUCAUUGGAAUCCUUCCUUAUGCUGGAUUGAAGUUUUACAUAUAUGAAAAACUUAAGAGGCAUGUUCCUGAAGAGCACCAAAAGUCUAUUGCAAUGCGUCUGUCAUGUGGGGCAUUAGCUGGCCUGUUUGGGCAGACCUUCACAUACCCAUUGGAUGUUGUUAGGAGACAGAUGCAGGUCGAAAAUCUGCAACCUUCAAUUCAAGGUAAUGCUAGAUACAGGAACACUUUGGAAGGGCUAGCGACUAUCACCCGUAAUCAAGGAUGGAGACAAUUGUUUGCAGGCCUAAGCAUCAAUUAUAUAAAGAUCGUUCCGUCGGUGGCAAUCGGCUUCACUGCAUAUGACAUGAUGAAAUCAUGGCUUCGCGUGCCACCACGACAGAAGGCUCAGUCAAUAUCUGCUGCAUGAAUCUAUGACCAAAUUACCAAGACACUAUUUCUACGUUGCAUCGUUAAAUCAUCUACUCUUGAUCUUCUGUGUGGAUGAAGUCUGGUUUAAACCCAUUAGAAACACUGUAUCUGUCUGUAACAACAAUAGCAAUGAACCACCAGGUUCUUCUGCUGCUAAGUUUCAUGUAUUUCCCUCUACUAGAUGCUCUCAAUAUUUGGUAUUUUGCUGCAUAAUAUAUGAUAUGAUAACAUUUGAGAAAC